AUGACUGCUGGGCUCCUCACUGCCGGGGACCCGGAGCAAGUGACUUUUGAGGACGUGGUCGUCGACUUCACCCAGGAGGAGUGGGGGCAUCUGGAGCCGGCCCAGAGGACCCUGUACCGAGAUGUGAUGCUGGAGACCUUCGGGCUCCUGGUCUCUGUGGGACACUGGCUCCCAAAGCCGGAUGUCAUCUCCCUGCUGGAGCAGGAGGCAGAGCUGUGGGCAGCGGACGAGGGAGGCCCCCAAGGUGUGUGCCCAGAUUUGGAAACCAGACCCCAAAGCAAGUUAUCAACUGAAAAGCAAGGUGUAACUGAAGAAAUAGCCAAUAGUGCCCUGGUAGAAGGGUUUCUGCAGGAAAGUCUGUGGCAGUCUAAGGAUGAAGAUGCUGCAGGCAACAGGGAACAGGGCCCUGAGAAGUCAGAUAGCUGUGUGAAAACCUGUGCAAAAGAGAAGCCCUAUGGAUGUCAGGAAUGUGGAAAGGCCUUUAGUCACAGCUCAGCACUCAUUGAACACCACCGAACACACACAGGAGAGAGGCCUUAUGAAUGUCAUGAAUGUGGAAAAGGCUUUCGAAACAGCUCAGCGCUUACCAAACACCAGCGAAUCCACACUGGUGAGAAACCUUACAAGUGUACUCAGUGUGGGAGGACCUUCAACCAAAUUGCCCCAUUGAUCCAGCACCAGAGAACUCACACGGGUGAGAAACCCUAUGAGUGCAGCGAGUGUGGGAAAUCCUUCAGCUUUAGAUCCUCCUUCAGCCAACAUGAGCGGACGCACACAGGCGAGCGGCCUUAUGAGUGCAGUGAGUGCGGGAAGGCUUUCAGCCAGAGCACACUCCUGACUGAGCAUCGGAGGAUCCACACAGGAGAGAAGCCCUAUGGGUGCAACGAGUGUGGGAAAACCUUCAGUCACAGCUCAUCGCUUAGCCAGCACGAGCGGACACACACAGGCGAGAAACCCUAUGCAUGCAGGCAGUGUGGGAAGGCCUUCCGGCAGAGCACACACCUCACUCAGCAUCAGAGAAUCCACACGGGGGAGAAGCCCUACAAGUGUAGUGACUGUGGCAAGGCCUUCAGCCACAGCUCAUCCCUGACCAAACACCAGCGGAUCCAUACUGGGGAGAAGCCCUAUGAGUGUAAUGAGUGUGGCAGAGCCUUCAGCCAGCUUGCUCCACUCAUUCAACACCAGCGGAUCCACACAGGAGAGAAGCCCUAUGAGUGUAAUCAGUGUGGCAGAGCCUUCAGCCAGAGCUCCCUCCUCAUAGAACACCAGAGGAUUCACACCAAGGAAAAACCCUAUGGGCAGAGCACCCACCUCACUCAGCACCGGAGGAUCCACACAGGAGAGAAGCCAUAUGAGUGCAGGGACUGUGGGAAGGCCUUCACACACAGUUCCUCCCUUACCAAGCACCAGAGAACUCAUACUGGCGACAGGCCCUUCCGGUGCAGCCAAGGCAGUGUCUUCUCUCCCAGCCUGUCCCUCCUGGUCGCAGGGAGACCACUGCAGCCUCAGCCGAUGCACCCACCGUCAUCAGGACUUGAGGAGGGGGAAAGGCAGGCCAGUACUCAUCGCCGUCAGCACCGGCGGACGCACUCGGGCGAGCGGCCCUACGCAUGUGAUGCGUGCGGCAAGGCCUUCAGCCAGAGCACACAUCUGACCCAGCACCGGCGCGUGCACACCGGUGAGAAGCCCUACGAGUGCCGGGAGUGCCCCAAGGCCUUCACGCAGAGCUCCUCCCUCCUCGAGCACAAGCGCGUGCACACGGGCGAGAAGCCCUACCGUGAGUGUGGCAGGGCCUUCACCUACCCGUCUAAACUGAGGAAGCACCAGAAGGUUCACACUGGCCUCAAGCCUUUCAAGUGUGCCGAGUGCGGGAAGACCUUCAGCCGCAAGGACGCGCUCGUCCUGCACCGGAGAAGCCACACCGGAGAGCGGCCGUACGGCUGCGGCGAGUGCGGGAAGGCCUUCAGCGUGCUCUCCACCCUCGUUCGGCACCGGAAGGUGCACAUCGGAGAAAGGCCGUACGAGUGCCGGCAGUGCGGGAAGCUCUUCAAAUACAGCCACAGCUUCGUCCUGCACCAGAGGGUGCACACGGGAGAGAGGCCGCACGGCUGCGGCGAGUGCGGGAAGGCCUACGCGACCCGGUCGGGGCUGUACCAGCACCGGAAGGUCCACACCGGCGAGCGCCCCUACGAGUGUGGCCUGUGUGGGAAGACCUUCACCACCCGGUCCUACCGCAAUCGCCACCAGCGCUUCCACACCGAGGAGCGGGCCCACGAGUGCCCCGAGUGCGGUCGCGCCUUCAAACAUGGCUCGACCCUCCUCCAGCACAGGAAGGUUCACGCUGCAGGAAGACCGUAG